CAAUUUUAGAAGCAGCUAUAAGUUAAAAAAAAAAACGAAUUAGGGUUUCAUACCGAGUAGAGAGAAGAUGCCGGCAGGUCAUGGUCUCCGAUCAAGAACAAGGGAUUUGUUCGCUAGGGGUUUCAGGAAGAAGGGUUACAUCCCUUUAACAACUUAUCUCAGGACCUUUAAAAUCGGUGACUAUGUGGAUGUCAAGGUUAACGGCGCCAUUCACAAGGGCAUGCCCCAUAAAUUUUACCAUGGCCGCACUGGCCGUGUCUGGAACGUCACCAAGCGUGCCGUUGGUGUUGAGAUCAACAAGCAGGUUGGUAACAGGAUUAUCAAGAAGAGGAUCCAUGUUAGAGUAGAGCACCUCCAGCAAUCAAGGUGCACUGAGGAGUUGAGGCUAAGGAAGAUAAAAAACGAUGAGUUAAAGGCGGAGGCUAAGCUAAGAGGUGAGGUCAUCAGUACGAAGAGACGCCCUGAGGGUCCUAAACCAGGUUUCAUGGUUGGAGGUGCUACAAUUGAGACCGUUACGCCCAUUCCCUAUGAUGUUGUUAACGACCUCAAGGGAGGUUAUUAGGUCUGCUGUUUCUAGCUUUUUUGUUUAUGCAUGUUUGCUACUGUGUUGGAUUAUUAGUAUUUUCAGUUUUGAAGAGUUGUCUUGAUAUGUCUCUAUUUGCUGGAACAUGUGUUCAUUUAAUCACAAAAAACCGAUGCUUUUUGAUAUGAAA